AUGUCCAAUAUGACCGAUUUCAACAACCAAUCAAUUUACGAAAGUAACUCGUACAGUAUUCCGCUCGAUCAGAUGCGUAGCGCGGACACUGACUAUGUGGGCGUCCUUCCAUCAAACCAAAUACCUAUUCUAAACUCUAAUUACGCGAACGCAAAUAGUAUGGACUUCAAUGACGCUUGUUUCUAUCAGUCUCUCAGUCAGGAUUUUCGUCCUUCUGAUAUCGGCCCUCUCGAUUCUAAUGGCAUUUACAUGGAUGUAAAUGAAUCGUUGAGUGCUGAGCGUCACGAAUACGUGGAAAACAAUGAAAAUCGAAUCAACGAUGCAUCUAUGGACUAUUACUCGAACAGUGACAUUGAACCCUCCGUUCGUUAUCUUCUCCCUCAAACACCAGAUCAAGCGCAAUCUGCUGCCAUCUUUUCCAACAACGCAGCUACAAGUCACAGACAAGUGAUAAUUAUUAUGAACGCCGAUAUCAAUUUGGAAAGAUUAUUGUCUAUCAUUCAGCAAUGUGGAAGUGUGGACAGGGUAUACAUGUAA